AUGCGAUUCGUUUUAUUCCGUCUUAGUUGUGUUUUGAUGAUAUAACGUGUUUGUCUUUUGAAGUGUACUCUGUUGUUUAAUAUAAAUAAUGCUGUAGUUACGUAAUGUCAUAAAGGUUUUAUUGUGUUGAUAUUAUUGGAAUUGGGCAAAAUGCAAUGUUCACAUGACGUAACUGCAACGGUAGGAGCAGCGCCGCAAAUAUUUGCUACCGCGUUCAACUUCUUUGCAGCUUCUCAAUGUUUUUCCUAUCCCGAUUUUAAAGAUGAUGUUGUGGAGAAUGAUCUCAUGUUUGACUUCAUAGUAGUGGGAGGCGGAUCAGCGGGUAGCGUAGUGGCAAAUCGAUUGAGUGAAGUGAAACAUUGGAAAAUUCUACUGCUCGAAGCGGGACCUGCGCCACCUAUUGAAUCAAGCAUACCAAAUUUGGAUGUGACCCUUAUGGAAUCAAAUUAUGAUUGGAACUAUCAUACGGAGCAUAUCGCUAGAUCUGAAUGUGGCGGUUCAAAAAGAAAAAUACCCUGGCCUCGAGGGAAAAUGCUUGGAGGUUGCAGUUCAAUGAAUGGAAUGGUUUACAUAAGAGGGAGACCAGAUGAUUUUCAAAAAUGGGUCGAUGCUGGAAAUCCUAGUUGGAACUGGAGAAACGUUUCGAAAUACUUCAGGAAAGCUGAAAGUUUACAGUCGAAGAGGCUAUUGAAUGACCCUUUGUCGAAUGAAAUAUAUGGUAGUCACGGUCCUCUUAUAAUUGAUAAUUAUAAUAGCACCUAUAGGAAAUAUACAAACUGUGUAUUAAAUGCAUUCGAUGAGAUGGGAUUACAUAGAGUUCACGACAUAAAUACAGUAGGGUAUGUAAGGGGUAAAGGAUAUGCUGGAAUAUACACUGCAACUGUCUCAAGGGGUCGUAGACAAAGCACCUUCGAAUCUUAUUUAAAACCCGUAAGGGGCAGGGAAAACUUGAAAAUCAUCACAAAUGCGUUGGUAAAUAGGAUAUUGAUUAAUGAUAGUUUAGUGGCAUACGGUGUAGAAGUAGAAGUAAAUGGGAAAAUUCUUACAUAUUUAGCAUCAAAAGAAGUAAUUGUCAGUACUGGUACGAUAAACACUCCAAAAUUGCUAAUGCUAUCUGGAAUAGGCCCUCAGAAACAUUUAAGGUCGAAAGGGAUUCUAUGCAGGAGAGAUUUACCAGUUGGACAAAAUUUACAGGAUCAUAAUAUGAUUCCUAUUAUAAUAUACGGUGAUGAGCCUGGCAUACAGGAUGAAGCAGAAAAACGUUUUGAAGAAAUAAAAUAUCUUAUUGAUGGAAGCGGUUAUUUGGGACAAGUCAGUUUCUCUGAUAUAACGGCAUUCUUUUCUCGGUAUGAUAACGUAUCAAUGCCUGAAUUUCAGAGCCAUUUUGUUUUGCUUUAUAAAAACUCGACGCAAAAUUCAAACAGGCGUUUUAUGUCAUUCAGUCAAUCUGUAAAACAAUCAAUAAUAGAAUUUAAUUCGGAAAAAGCUAUGUACAUAUUUACGGUGCACUUGUUACAUCCAUACUCGAAGGGAUCAAUUUAUCUAAAUACCAGUCACCCCAACUAUGAUCCUAUUAUAGAUACAAAUUAUUUUGGUGACGCAAGAGAUCUGAAAGCUACUAUAGAUGGUAUUCACAUGUUGACAAAGAUUGUUAAUACGCAAUAUUUCAGAUCGAUAAACGCGUUUGUACACAAAAUAAAUCUACCAGAGUGUGACGAAUUUGAAUUUCAAAGUGAUCAGUAUUGGAAAUGCUACGCUAAUAGUAUGUUAUUAACUUUGUACCAUCCUGUGGGGACUGCAAAAAUGGGACCUAAUCCCUCUGAUUCAGUUGUUGAUAAUUACCUUAAAGUGCAUGGUGUACAAGGUUUGCGUGUAAUAGACGCUAGUGUGAUGCCCACUUUAACUAGUGGAAACACAAAUGGUCCAACUAUUAUGAUAGGCGAAAUGGGAGCGGAUAUGAUUAAAGCAGACUAUAAUAAAGAAAUCAGUUGUUAGAAAAUUACCUAUAUUAAUGAUGAGCCGGGAUAGUGUUAGAAUUGAAUAAGAAAGUUGUAUUGAAUGUGGGUAUAUUUCAUAGCAUUCUAGCCGUACUGUACUCUGAUGCAGAUACUAUAUUGCAUAUUUUUUUUUAUUCGUGUAACUUACAGUUUAUAAAGAGUUAUUUAU